GUUCUCCAGUGAACCUGUACGGGAAUUCUGUACCAGUGACCACCCUGGAAGUAUGUUGCAGAACCUAAAGGAGCUGAGAGACACUGGCACCCUUUGUGAUAUUACACUGGUUGUGGGAAGUAGAGAGAUAUUUGCCCACCGAGCAGUGCUGGCUGCAGGCAGCCGUUACUUUGCCUCCAUCUACCGCAGUGACUACACAGAGACGCAUGCCAGCAGGAUUGAGCUGGGGUCCCUGGACGCUGGGGGAGUUGAGACCGUAGUUCAGUACAUUUAUACAGGUGUCAUCAAACUGACACUGGGGAAUGUUCACGUGGUUCUGGCAGCAGCCACACACCUGGAUGUGCUCCAUCUGAAGGACUACUGCCAACAGUUCCUAUCUGACAACAUCAGUUUGGGCACAUGUCUCAGUGUGUGGGCAGUGGCUGACUUAUAUGAUAUGGAUGAGCUCAAGGUUCAGGCCCUCAAGUUUAUUCUGGACAACUUUACCAAGAUUAUAACGAUGGAAGAUGUUCUGGAGCUUCCCAUGGAGCGUCUUCUUGAGCUGCUGCUCAAAGACGAACUGUUUGUGGACAAGGAGGAGGCCCUGUUUGAGCUGGUUGUGAAGUGGACAAAGUAUGACGUUGUAAAUCGUAGGGCCACGUUUCCAAAACUCCUGGCCUCUUUACGUAUUCCACUGAUGGAACUGGAAUACGUCAUCAACAACAUGAAGUCAGAGCCAUUACUGAACGAGUUCCCUGAGUGCCUGUCUCUCACUGAUGAAGCAGUCUCAUACUUGAUGAGACCUCAGUUGUCAGACUUACCUCCAACAGGUCUCAACACAAGACCUCGACUAGGUACUCUCAAGGAUGUCAUUGUGGUCUGUGGUGGGCAGUCAGAGGCUGUGCUUGAGGAUGGCAGCAGGUGGACCAUUGCAAAUGUGCCGGCCUUGGCGUAUGUCAUCGAUGAAGACCGAUGGGUUGAUCUGAAGGGAAGCCCCCCACGAAACCCAGUUGAAAUGUUUAACCUUUCAGACACCGUCUAUGUCGCUAGCAGAGGAAAUCAUGACUUGAGGGACACCUCCACUCAUAGGUACCGGUUCUUCUGUUACAACACAAAGAUGGAGUAUGGCGCUCGAUGGGUGCUGCCCCAGGGGAUGGAGCUGGAGCUACCUGGUGUCAUGUCCAAUAUGAUGCGAGGUGGCGUGCUGACUGCAGUCACACCACAGGCAAUGUUCCUGCUUGAUACUUUAGGAUGGAACUCAGCCACCAGGUCACACCUCAGACUAAUGUUUUGCUUUGACACAAUCACCAAAAGAUGGCAGCAACUGUCUAACCUACCGGAUGACUUGAUUGUUGGGUAUUUGAAACCACUUGUCAUUACGGUGGGAGAAGAUCUGUACAUUCUUAAUGGCACCACUGUAUUCAAAUACAACCAGAGCCUGGGCUGGACACGUGACUCAUUUUACUCUCUUCCUUGGCACGAUGAAGUGACAGUACUUCAGACAUGGCUGAAGGCAAAUUACAGUGGUCAACACUACGGCACCCUCCCAGAGUCAUCAGGAGACCUGAUGGACAUCACUGCACGGAUACGUCGAGGAUUUCCGGAGCCCAAACUGGAAGGGUGUUCUGUGUGUGUCUACAAGAAGGAUAUCUAUGUUAUUGGUGGGCUCAAGGACUAUUUUAUGGUGGACACGGUGUACAAGUAUGACUGUAAGGAGCAGCAAUGGCACAAGCUGUGUAAACUGCCCACUCCACGCUCCUGUGCCAUGUGUUGCUAUGCAAAGUUGCCAUACAAAGCCGUCAUGCACUGACCAUUUUAGAAGCCCU